AAAACUUUUUUGUAUCGAAGGAAUCAACAGCCGCCAUCUUGUCGUGGCUAGGAAUUGGGAAUUCGGUCGGACAGUAUUAAAAAAAUAUUGCAAUAAACAUCCUUAUCGGGCUAUGACAAUAGCCCUCUCCCGAAAACGUUAUUUGACCAUCGUCUCGGAUAUAUGUUUUUUUCGACAAACGAAAAUAGGAGCGGUCGGGUCGGACUGAGAAGCCCGUAUAUCUGAUUUCCCCUUCUGAGUGCGGCGCUUUACCUCCUCUCCGUGCCGAGCAGCAUUGUUUACCGCGAAGACGCAGAUAGCAGACGGGGACUUUAGGACUAUUUUUUUUAUUUAUAAUAUAUUAUUUGAAUGCAUUAUUGCAUUUGAUUUGGUCUCGCACCAUUUUUUUUGCAUGCAGGAAUUUGACGUCACACAAAAUGGGCUCUUUGAAGAUCUAAAAACAACGAGUCGCAGCGCAACCACCACCUAUGUUAACUUGCAUACCUGUGUGAAAAGUUUGCGCUCGGUUCUUUUCAUGGCACACACUGUGUUUCGGGGUAUUUAAGGGCAAUUAUGUGGGUGUUGGGAGUUGGAUUAUCAUGGGGUGAAUGGCGGUGGCGAAGCGGGGCGCUAUUGCAUCUCUUUUGAAGACGCUAGAUUCACCGCAAGGAGAGCUAACGCUAACUUCGCUAGUAGCAGGCAAUUAGCUAGCUAUUAGCUGGUUGGCUAGUGCUAGCACGCUAACGGCUUGCUAAUGUGCUAACCAAGAAGGUGCAAGGGGGGGUCGAAAGAACCAACUUUUCCUGUCGUUAAGACCACUUGACACUCAUAGCAGCCCAAAAGAGAUCGCGACCAUGGCGGAGAACCUGCUGGACGUCGGACCACCCCACUCCAAGAGACCCAAGCUGAGUUCACCUGCGCUCCUAGCGUCGGAUGGACCAGUAGAUUUGGGUUCUUUGUCCUGGGAUGAUCUCGAGAACGACCUUCCAGACGAGUUGAUCCCUAACGGAGGAGACCCAGGCCCGAUGGGGGUCCUCCUCCCCAACGGAGGUACUGGUGGAGCCACAGCCUCCAUCGUCCCCGACGCCGCGGCAAAACACAAACAACUUUCUGAGCUCCUUCGUGCCGGGAGCUCCUCCGGCCUCACGGCUGCAGGGCUGAACUCACCCGGGCCCCAGCCCGGAGGAAUUGGAGUACAACGGACUACUACCCUGGGAAAGAACCCAUUGGGCCAGGGCUCCCAGAACACCCAUUCGUCUCCCCAGGCCCAGAAGGCAGGCACGCCAACGGGAGUAGCGGGCCAAAACAAUGGCGGCAACAACACAGGGACCAUUGGCCUGAACUCAUCCGGUUUCAACCAGGCCAUGAUGAACAAUAACCAAGGCCACGCAGGACUCCUGGCCCAGGGAGGGCAAGCCCAGCCCGGACAGGUGAUGAAUGGAGGCCUGGUGGCUGGAGCCGGCCGUGGCCGGGGCGCUGGAGUAGCAGGCAUGCAGUUUCAGGGACAGACCAUGGGGGGAUCACCGGGUUCCGCUGCAGCGGCCAGCGUCUCCGCGUUGGCAGAGACCCUUUCCCAGGGAGGACAGCAAAUGGGAACUCAGGCCAACCUAAAUGCAUCCCAACAGGCGGGCAAUAGGAACAAGCUCCAGCAACAACCCCAGCAGCAGGCGGCCAUGUUGGCCCUGGGAGGCGGUACGAGUGGCGUGCCGGCGCCCGCGGCCGUCCCUACAGCUGACCCGGAGAAGCGCAAGCUGAUCCAGCAGCAGCUGGUCCUGCUGCUCCACGCACACAAGUGCCAGCGUCGAGAGCAGGCCAACGGGGAGGUGAGGGCCUGUGCCCUCCCGCACUGUCGCACCAUGAAGAACGUGCUGAACCACAUGACCCACUGCCAGGCCGGCAAGUCCUGCCAGGUGGCUCACUGUGCGUCGUCCAGACAGAUCAUCUCUCACUGGAAGAACUGCACACGGCACGACUGUCCUGUGUGUCUUCCGCUCAAGAACGCCAGUGACAAACGCACCCAGCAGCCCAUGCUGAGCUCUCCCAACACAGGUCUUCCCAAUCCCAUGUCGUCAGUUGGUGCCGGCCAGACCAGCACCCCUACCAUCAACACCUCAACCCCCAUAGACCCUAGCUCCAUGCAGAGGGCCUAUGCGGCCUUGGGGCUGCCCUACAGCAGCCAGACACCAGGGCAAACCCAGGCUCAAGGGGCCGGGCAGACGUCGGGAGCAACCAACGCACACACCCAGCAAACACUGCCGCAGCAGUUGAGACCCAUCAAUGCAAUUGGAAACCAGAUGGCCCCCGGAGGCACGGGGAUCGGCGGGCCCACGUCCAAACCGAGCAACCUCCACGCCGACCCCUCCCUCCCCAACGCAUUCAACACUAACAAUCAGCUGCUCUCGGACGGCUCUUCUGUGGCCUCUAAGGGGAACUUACCCACGGCAGCUCCCCUCUCCGCCACCGGCACCAGGAAAACGUGGCAUGAACACGUGACGCAGGACCUCCGCAAUCACCUGGUUCACAAGCUAGUACAAGCCAUAUUCCCCACUCCGGACCCGGCAGCCCUGAAGGACAGGCGAAUGGAGAACCUGGUGGCCUACGCCAAGAAGGUGGAAGGGGACAUGUACGAGUCGGCGAACAGCAGGGACGAGUAUUACCACUUCCUGGCUGAGAAGAUCUACAAAAUCCAGAAGGAACUGGAGGAGAAGAGGCGCUCGCGGCUGCAGAAGCAGAUCAUUAAUCAGGGCCCCCUGACCGCACAGGGGGGCCAGCAGCCUGGCCUUCCCCUGCUCAGUGCCCUGGGCCCCAGGCCACAGAACGGUCCCGUGCCUCUUCCCAACGUGCCAAAUCAGAUCCUGAACCGCAUGCAGGUCCCCCAAGGGAUCAACCAGUUCAACACUAUGGCUCUUCCCAACGUCCCGAUGUCCCAGGCCCCCAUGGGACAGCGGGCCGCGUCCCCCAUGAACCACCCACAGCAGAUCACCAUGAGCUCCGUGCCAGCGAUGGCCAUGUCCCCGUCCCGCAUGCCCCAGGCCCAGGGCAUGAUGGCGGCCCACGUCGGAGGCAGCAUGGUGGGGCAGACGGCGGGCCAGGGACCCUUCCUGGCCCAGAAGCAGUUCCCCCCCAGCUCCACCACGGGAGCCCUGAAUAUCCCCGGGGGGCCAGGAAUGGUUCUACCCCAGGCCCAGGCAGCGGUCACGCAGCAGCAGCCGCAGCCUCAACAGCCGCAGCAGCCGCAGCCGCAGCCGCCCCAGCAGGGCACUAACCUCCCCAUGAAUGCACUUGGCCCCUCGCUGGGCACACAGCUAGUAGUCCCCUCCCAGAACCCCCCGCACUCCACGCCCCCGCCCGCUGCCACCACCUCCUCCUCCUCCUCCUCCUCCGCCUCCCUGGCCGCGGUGGCCGCUAACAUGCCACACCCCCGGUCUUCCAGCCGCAGCUCCACCCCCACCCCGACCCCCACCCUCCCCGGCCCCGCCCCCACUCAGGGGCUCACCCCGCCCCGCCCCACCCAGUCCCAAACCCAGCCGGAGCCCCCCGCAGCGGCCCAGACGCAGCCCCCCACCACGCCGCUGUCUCAAAGCGCGGCCAGUCUGGAGAACCGGGUUCCCACGCCGGCCUCGGCGGCCAGCGCUGACCUGCACUCUCAGCACGCCGUGGCCGACCUCCCCGUCCAGGAGAACAAGGCGGAGGUCCGCCACGUCAAGCAGGAGUUUGAGCCCGUCUCCAUCAAGAACGAGUCCAAAACCGAGAUGGAGGAGGACUCUGGUUCGAUGCUGGUCAAGAAGGAGAAGCCGGAGGCAAUGGAGGUGGACGAGACAAAGCCGGAGUUGAAGGUGGAGCUUAAAGACGAGGAGGACAGAGGAGCAGCCAACAGCACGACCUCCUCGUCCCCCUCUCAGUCCCGGAGGAAAAUCUUUAAACCAGAGGAGCUGCGGCAGGCUCUGAUGCCCACGCUGGAGUCUCUUUACCGGCAGGACCCCGAGUCGCUACCCUUCAGGCAGCCGGUGGACCCCAUGCAGCUAGGCAUCCCGGACUACUUCGACAUCGUGAAGACCCCCAUCGACCUGUCCACCAUCAAGCGCAAGCUGGACACGGGCCAGUACCAGGAGCCCUGGCGGUACGUGGAGGACGUGUGGCUCAUGUUCAACAACGCCUGGCUGUACAACCGCAAGACGUCCCGCGUCUACAAGUACUGCUCCAAGCUGGCCGAGGUGUUCGAGGCGGACAUAGACCCCGUCAUGCAGGCCCUGGGUUACUGCUGCGGCCGGAAGUACGAGUUUUCCCCUCAAACCCUCUGCUGCUACGGGAAGCAGCUUUGCACCAUCCCCACCGGGGGUACGUACUACAGCUACCAGAACAGGUAUCAUUUCUGUGAAAAGUGCUUCAAUGAGAUCCAAGGAGAGAGUGUGACGUUAGGAGACGAUCCAGCGCAGCCACAGACAAUGAUAUCUAAAGAUCAGUUUGAAAGGAAGAAGAACGACACACUAGACCAGGAACCGUUUGUUGAAUGUAAAGAUUGUGGACGCAAGAUGCACCAAAUUUGCGUCCUACACUACGACGUCAUCUGGCCCUCUGGCUUCAUCUGUGACAACUGUUUAAAGAAGAGCGGUAAAACACGGAAGGACAACAAGUUCUCUGCAAAAAGGCUGCAGACCACGCGACUGGGGAUGUACAUAGAGGACCGUGUGAAUAAGUACUUGAAGAGGCAGAACCACCCGGAGGCCGGAGAGGUGUUUGUGCGAGUUGUGGCCAGCUCCGACAAAACGGUGGAGGUGAAGCCCGGCAUGAAAGCCAGGUUUGUGGACACCGGCGAUAUGCCCGAGUCCUUCCCCUACAGAACCAAAGCACUUUUUGCCUUCGAAGAGAUUGAUGGAACGGAUGUGUGCUUCUUCGGCAUGCACGUGCAGGAGUACGGCUCCGAAUGCGCCUACCCAAACACCAGACGGGUCUACAUAUCGUACCUCGACAGUAUUCACUUCUUCAGACCUCGGCUGCUGCGAACGGCGGUCUACCAUGAAAUUCUCAUCGGCUACCUAGAAUACGUGAAGAAACUUGGCUAUUCCCAGGGGCACAUCUGGGCCUGCCCGCCCAGCGAAGGAGACGACUACAUCUUCCACUGCCAUCCUGCGGACCAGAAGAUCCCCAAGCCCAAGAGGCUUGGGGAUUGGUACAGGAAGAUGCUGGACAAGGCCUUCGCUGAGAGGAUCCUCCACGACUACAAGGACAUCUUCAAGCAGGCCACGGAGGACCGGGUGACCAGCGCCAACGAGCUGCCCUACUUUGAAGGAGACUUCUGGCCCAACGUGCUAGAGGAGAGCAUCAAGGAGCUGGAGCAGGAGGAGGAGGAGCGCAAGAAGGAGGAGAACACGGCUACGUGUGAGACGCCAGAGGGCACACCGAGUGACAGCAAAAACGGCAAGAAGAAAAACAGCAAGAAGACCAAUAAGAACAAGGGGAGCUUGAGCCGCGCAAACAAGAAGAAGCCUGGAAUGCCGAAUGUAGCCAACGACCUGUCCCAGAAGCUCUACGCCUCCCUGGAGAAGCACAAAGAGGUCUUCUUCGUGAUCCACAUGCACUCUGCUCCGAUGGCCAACGCCCUGCCGCCCAUCUCGGACCCGGACCCCCUGUUGACCUGUGACCUGAUGGACGGCCGCGAUGCCUUCCUGACGCUGGCCCGCGACAAGCACUGGGAGUUCAGCUCCCUGAGGCGCUGCAAGUGGAGCUCCAUGUGCAUGCUGGUGGAGCUGCACAACCAGGGCCAGGACCGCUUUGUGUACACCUGCAACGAGUGCAAGCACCACGUGGAGACGCGCUGGCACUGCACUGUCUGCGAGGACUUUGACCUGUGCAUUAACUGCUACGCCGCCAAAGGCCACGAGCAUAAGAUGGUCAAGUGGGGCCUGGGUCUGGACGACGACAGCAACAGCCAGGGGGGCGAGGCCUCCAAGAGCCCCCAGGAGAGCCGGCGUCUGAGCAUCCAGCGCUGCAUCCAGUCGCUGGUGCACGCCUGCCAGUGUCGCAACGCCAACUGCUCCCUGCCGUCCUGCCAGAAGAUGAAGAGGGUGGUGCAGCACACCAAGGUCUGCAAGCGCAAGACCAACGGCGGCUGCCCCGUGUGCAAGCAGCUGAUCGCCCUGUGCUGCUACCACGCCAAGCACUGCCAGGAGAACAAGUGUCCCGUCCCCUUCUGCCUCAACAUCAAGCACAAGCUGCGGCAGCAGCAGCUGCAGCACCGGCUGCAGCAAGCGCAGAUGAUGAGGAGGAGGAUGGCCACCAUGCAGGGCCGGGUCAUGCCUCUUCCGUCCCCACCAGCCUCCAGCACCCCCAGCACUCCCAACCCCCUCCCGCAGCCUAGCACCCCUCAGACGCCCCAGCAACCGCUCUCCAACCUGCCCCAGACCCCCAGUGCCGCGCCCGUCAUGUCCCCUUCUUUCCCCAACGCUCCACGCAAUGGCCAGCCUCCAGCUCCGGUGUCUCAGGGUAAGCCCGGCCCCCAGGCCUCCCCUCAGCACCAGCAGCAAUCCCCUCUCCCACCGCCGGCCGCGCCUCAACCCCAGCCCCCACAGCAGCAGCAGCAGCAGCCGCCGCUGGCCGCCAUUCAGAUGGCCCGGCACAUUGAGCUGAUGGCUCAGGCCCAGCAGAACCAGCAGAACUACCGAGUCAACGUGAACGGCCUGCCCAUCAGCCCGCAGCAGCAGCCGCAGCGCACGGUCGGACCCAUGCAAGCGGCCAUGCAGAUGGUACCAGGGCCCCGGGCCCCGCAGGCGAUGCAACCCAACAUAGCCCCAGGACAGUGGCCUGGAGCCGGCGGCCAGAUGCAGGCGGCACAGCCUCAGCAACCAGGCCUGGCUCCCGGUCAGUCCCCGCAACAGGCCCUGACCAUGCAGAGAGCCAUGAUGCCCCUAGGGCAGCAGCCCCCACAGCAGGCCCCGAGGAUGCUGGUUCCUCAGCAGCCCGGUGUCCGGCCACAAACCCCGCAGAGACCCGGCAACAUCGCGCCCAACGCCCUCCAGGACCUCCUCCGCACGCUCAAGUCUCCCAGCUCCCCCCAGCAGCAGCAGCAGGUCCUCAACAUCCUCAAGUCCAACCCCCAGCUCAUGGCGGCUUUCAUCAAGCAGAGAACGGCCAAGUACCACGCCAACCAGCCCCUGCAGCCACAGCCAGUGGGGCAGCAGCAGCAGCCGCAGCCGACAGGCUUACCGGCCCUGCAGGCCCUGGCCAUGCAGGGAGUGGCGGUGCAAAGGCCUGGAAUGCCCCUGCAACAAUCACAGCAGCCCGCAAACCCAGGCAUGACUGCAUUGGGCCCCCAGGGGCCGCUGAUAAACCCUGCUCACAACUCCAACGCGCAGAUCCAGGAGCACUACCGUCGGCAGCUUUUAAGGCAGCAGCAGCAGCAGCAGCAGCAGCAGCAGGGAGUGAUGCCUCAAGGCCACCCUGGCCAGUUCCCCCCGCAAGCCCAGGGCACGGCAGCCCCCUACUCCCAGCUCCGCAUCCAGCAGCAGCAGCAGCAGCAGCUGGCCAUGCAGACAGGUUCAGGAGCAACCACGGGAGCCAUGGGCCAGCUCCCUCCCAUGGCUCAGAUCGGUCAGGCCGGCAUCGGGAUGGACUCCACCCAGAACUUGCUCCAUCAGCGCCUGCUCCAGCAGCAGCAACAGCAGCAGCAGCUCCCCCAGCAGCAACAAGCCGUCCUCAAGCAGCAGAUGGGCUCACCGAGCGCCAUGAGCCCCCAGUCACACCUGCAGCCCCAGGGCGGCGCCCACCUGCCCGGGCCGCCCGCCCUGGCCAACGCGCUCGGUAACCAGGUUCGAUCCCCGGUGUCCGCCCAGUCCCCUUGUCCCGCCUCGCAACAGCCACCGCUACAUUCCAGCCCCCUGCAGCAGCCCCAGCCCUCCCCCCAACACACGGGGUCCCCCCGGCCGGGCCUCGGAGGGCCCCUGGAGCCGGGACACGUGGGGGCCCCGGAGCAGAGCGCCAUGCUGCCGCAGCUCAACACCCCCGCCAGGGGGGGGCUCGGCGGGGACUUGGGGUCGGGGGGAGACGCUACCGGGGACACUUUGGAGAAGUUUGUGGAGGGGUUGUAGCAGCACCGAGUUGUGUGCCAUGUGUUCCCCGUCCUGCACCCCCGGACUCUCCGUCUGUCAGAGGGCUCUGUUCGUCUUUCUAAAGUUGAGAACUCUUUUUGUACUGACGUGUAAAAAGUUUAAACAGUUGUACACGGGAUCAGUUGGGGGGUGGGGGGGGGGGGGGGAGAUGAUGAGGAACCAAUGUCAACAUUUCUUAAAAUGGUGAGGGAUUUGCAAAUGGGGUUCUUAAAGUCAGUUGAAUCACAAAGAAUAUAUAUAUAUAUUUUUGGUUGAGACCAAAUGUGCUCGAUAUUAGUUCUAUUUUGGUUUUGUUUUGGUAUGCUUUCAUGCCUUUCUCAUUAAUUUUUUUUAAGAAGAAAAAAUGCGAAAACUGCAAUUAAUGUUAUUCAUACAUUUUUAUUUUGUACCUUUUGGGAAAAAAAAGUCUACCGUUUUUGUGUUUAAAACUGUUGAAUGAUUUGUUUUUGUUAUGGGCCAGGUUCUCUUUAAACUCAUUCCUGGUCAUUGCAGCCUUGUGUCUCUAGCUCUAUGACGGACGACGCGUGGUGCAGGAAGGAAGAAUUCCCCCUUUUCUUGUUGUGUCUGAGCAGCACUCGCUCAUCAUACUGAAAUAGGAAACGGACAAAGUCAGUUUAUUUUUUUUGUUACACGAGGACAUGUAUGCAGGCGCACAUGAUGACACUGACGCAGACUCAAAGCCCCGACUUGGUGAUGCCACUUCGCAAGCUGAAAACAAACUGAUUGUCGUCGGCAGCUUGGGGAGAAGAUCAUUCAUUGUGUGGGUGAACAUGAUUGCUUUAAUGUGGGGGCGUGGGGGGGAACGUGCGUUGUUUUGUUUUUUUUGUCACUAAAAUGUAAAUUGUAAAGAGCUCGAAAAAAAGACCAGGCCUCUAAGCUGAGAUGGAAUGGCUGUUUGACAGUGUCCCGAUUAGUUAUCACACCAAGAUGUGAGCGGGUUUGGAGAUGAACGCGGACAACCGGAAAGUUAUCAACCCUUAUUCCUCUCCCACGAAAAACUUGAAUUGGGGGAUAAUCUUUUUCUCCUAUUGUAAAUCAUGCAAGUUAUUAAGCAAAAUACUAUAAAUAUAAGGAAGAGAGAAUGAAAUCACUGUAUAGACUGGUUAAAGACUCAUUUCUUACUUGUAUACCAUAUUGUUAAAUAAACUGUGCAACAGAAAAAACAA